AUGUUCAUGUUAAUUCCGACCGAAACCGGAAAAUGGGUGGUGGUUUACUCAACUCAGGACAAGAAUGGCUGCUUGGUCAUCCAACACGCAUUGGACACCGCCCCAAUGGAGAUGCAAGAGCUGAUUUCGACUGAGCUUAAGGGCAAAGUGUUCUACUGCAGUCGUCACAUGCACGGAAACUUUGUCAUGCAGAAAGUCAUUCAAGCUCUGCAGCCGUCCGCGCUGACCUUCAUCAUGCUCGAGUUGAAGGAAACCGUUGUCGCGGCAGCUCUUCACAUCUACGCCUGCCGAGUCCUGCAGCGACUGAUUGAGCACUGCGGCCACCGCCCAGAGCUUCUGGCACUGCUGGAGGACCUCAUGGUUCCAGGCCUCUGCAGGGACGUCGGUCCAAGCCAGCCAUUCCUAGAGCUUAGGCGGACCCCCCCCGAUAAUGGUGAUUCUAUUAGGGUCCUCUUAAUUAUUUUCCUCCUAUACCACUAUUGCACGGUGUGGGAUCCAACUAACCUAUAG